UCUCCUCUGUCUGCGUAGGUGUAGACGGGGCACUGCCUGCAGAGCAGGUCCUGCCGGCCUCGCUGGAGAGGAUGCCCCCGUGUCCGUGAUGGGCUGUGGGACAAGCAAGGUUCUUCCUGAGCCGCCCAAGGAUGUCCAGCUGGAUCUGGUCAAGAAGGUGGAGCCCUUCAGUGGCACUAAGAGUGAUGUAUACAAGCAUUUCAUCACAGAGGUGGACAGUGUUGGCCCUCUCAAAGCUGGGUUCCCAGCUGCUAAUCAGUAUGCAAACUCCUGUUCUGGUGCCCCCACUACUGGCCACACAGAGCCUCCCUCAGAACCACCACGCAGGGCCAGGGUGGCAAAGUACAGGGCCAAGUUUGACCCACGUGUUACAGCUAAGUACGACAUCAAAGCCCUCAUUGGCCGAGGCAGCUUUAGCCGAGUGGUACGUGUGGAGCACCGGGCAACCCGGCAACCAUAUGCCAUCAAGAUGAUAGAGACCAAGUACCGAGAAGGGCGGGAGGUGUGUGAAUCAGAGCUGCGUGUGCUGCGCCGGGUGCGCCAUGCCAACAUCAUUCAGCUGGUGGAGGUGUUUGAGACGCAAGAGCGAGUGUACAUGGUAAUGGAGCUGGCCACUGGUGGUGAGCUGUUCGACCGCAUCAUUGCCAAGGGUUCCUUCACUGAGCGGGAUGCUACGAGGGUGCUGCAGAUGGUGCUGGAUGGUGUUCGAUACCUGCAUGCCCUGGGCAUCACACACCGAGACCUCAAGCCUGAGAAUUUGCUCUACUACCAUCCAGGCACUGAUUCCAAGAUCAUCAUCACUGACUUUGGCCUGGCCAGUGCCCGCAAGAAGGGCGAUGACUGCCUGAUGAAGACCACCUGUGGCACGCCUGAGUACAUUGCUCCUGAGGUCCUCGUCCGCAAGCCAUACACCAACUCUGUGGACAUGUGGGCACUGGGUGUCAUUGCCUACAUCCUGCUCAGUGGUACCAUGCCCUUUGAGGAUGACAACCGCACCCGGCUAUACCGGCAGAUCCUCAGGGGCAAGUACAGUUAUUUGGGGGAGCCCUGGCCCAGUGUAUCCAAUCUGGCCAAGGACUUCAUUGACCGCCUGCUGACAGUGGACCCUGGAGCCCGUAUGACUGCACUACAGGCCCUGAGGCACCCAUGGGUGGUGAGCAUGGCAGCCUCUUCAUCCAUGAAGAAUCUGCACCGCUCCAUCUCCCAGAACCUCCUCAAGCGUGCCUCCUCACGCUGCCAGAGCACCAAGUCGGCCCAGUCCACCCGUUCCAGCCGCUCCACACGUUCCAACAAGUCACGCCGUGUGCGGGAGCGGGAGCUUCGAGAGCUCAACCUCCGCUAUCAGCAACAAUACAAUGGCUGAGCCACCAGCUGUGGCACAGAUAUGACACGGUCCCAGACUGGCUGGGCUCAGCUGUGCCCUCUGGGCCUGACAUCCUCUGUGAAGACAGGCCACAUGGUUAGUGGUAUAUAGAGAAUGUCUGGCCCUGGCCCUUUCUCUGUGCCUUUAGCAGCCCCUGAACUUAUCAUGGGCCUGGGCCUGGUGUGAUGGAGUCGAGGUAGCCCAGGAGGGUCAUGACUCCCCUGAAAUGGGAGCCUGGCCUGGCACUGAUACCCUUUUUGGUGGGUAGCUGCUUUGUGACUUGGGGAAAGGGACAGGACCUGGCCUUCACUGUCUUCCUCAUUCUUUGGAUCUUUCCCAACUGAAGGGUCCUGCAGUCCUGAGAGUGAAGGGUGUCCUAUGGUCCAGGACCCUUUGGAGUAGUUACUUUGGGCACCCCCCGUUUUGCCACAGAACCUUCCUUCCUAGCUCUCCACAUUCCAUGCCAUUCUGACCUUCAGAUUAUGCUCCAGUGACUCGGGAGGUUGAAGCAGAAGGAACAUGAGUUCAGAGCCAGCCUUAGCAACUUAACAAGGCCCUAAACGACUCAGUGAGAACCUGUCUCAAAAUAUAAAAAAAGGUUGGGGAUGUGGCUCAGUGGUUGAGUGCCCUGGGUUCAAACCCCAGUACCAAAAAAAAAAAGAUAAAAAGAUUAUGCUCCAGUGGGAGGCCUGGCUUUGGCCUUAGCUAGACUGUAAAUCUCCUUGAUUGGACCCAAGCAGCCUCUACCUCCCAGCCAAGAUCUUCCUUCAUGGUGCCACCAGGGACCCCUUCUAACCCAAGUCUUCCAGGACCUCUUGUGGUAGGGCCAUGGAAUGGACCUUAGCCAUUGCUGAUGGCCAGCUUGAGUGGGGUCCUCCCCAAUAUACUCAGUGCCUUUUUUGCAGCACUCACUAUUGCCUCUCUCUCCCCCUUAGAUGUCUAUUUCAUUCCCCAGGUGCCUCCUUCCCAACUGUUGGGGUUUAAAGGGAGCCCCACUGCUGCUACCCAGGGGAUGGGGGCACCUGGGCCAAGGCAGAUGGUUCUCCCUUAGGUUCCCAUGGCCAUCUCUAAUUUCAUCCUUUGGUAUUAUCCAUUGCUUCUUCCCUUCAGGUGUCACUGUACCCUCCUCUGCAGCUUCAUGAAGGCGCCAUCUGGUGUCUAGUCUGGGUAUGGGCAGCCUCUGGGUGAUGAAUGCACACCCAUCUUGCAUAGAUAACCAAAGUCCUCUAAAAGAAAGUGGAAAGGAAGGAACUGCUACAUUGAGAGAGGGUCGUGGGCUACUCAACUCCCCUUCUGCUCAGCUUCUCCCUGGAACUUAGCCAUACUGUGUGACCUGCUUCUGAACCCUGGGUGCCUAGGGUUAUGACUGAUCUUGCUGUGAGAGCUGGCCUUGCCCCACCCACCCUUUGUCAGCUUCCUUUUACAGCAUUAACCUUCCAGUCUGGGGCCUGCUGAGUCUCAGGCUGGAGGGAACCCUUGUGGGAAGUGGGUGGGGUUGGCGGGGCUUCUUUUUUAGAGGCCUGAGCCAGAACUGUCCCCAUGGCUGUCAUGAUGUCUACACCAACACAAACCAGGCUGGAACCCAAACCGUCUUCCUCCACAGCUGCUUUCAGUGGGCAGAAAGGGCCAGGGGCCAGCUUUGGCCUUAGUUAGAGCCCCUGCCAGCAGGGAACAUUUGACCCCUACUCAGCUCCUCCCUUUGGGCAGCCUUGGGCCAGGCCCUCCUCUCUCUGCACGUGCUGUUUCCAGAGGAAAACCAAAGAGACCACUCUGUGCCAAGUCAACUGUGCCUUACACACCCCUGUCUUCUGUUCUGACUGCCCUCUGGGCAGAAGGCAGUGGAAAGCUCAAGCCCAAGGGCUUCACAAAUUUUCCCAGUUCCAUAAGUGUUUCUGGGGGCCUGAAUCCCUGAGGAUUUUUUCCCCCUCUUGCCCAGGGUAGGCCUGAGGGUAGGAUAGAUGGAGUUUGGAGUUUUGAACCUUUGAUAGGCCUUUAUGCCAUGGACCGUGGAUGGAGAAUGUGCAGUUAUUUAUUUUGUGUACUCAGUUUGUAAAUGUAUCCUCUGUAUUCAAUAAACAGGCUGCCCUCCCCAAGGAAGGCUGCCCAUUCAUUCUAAAA